AUGUGGGAUCAGUUGAUUAGCACGUACAACUUGCAUGAGAAUGUCUGGUUGCAGAGUUUAUACAUUGAGCGUGAGCAUUGGGUAUCGACAUUCUUGAAGAAUGUUUUUUGGACUGGAAUGAGUACAACGCACCAGAGCAAGAGCAUGAAUGCCUUUUUUUAUGGUUAUGCUCAUGCUAAGACAAACUUGAAAGAGUUUGUUGAUCGGUAUGAUAAUGCCUUGAAAAAGAAGAUUGAGAACGAAAAUUGUGCGGACUUCCAGUCAUUUAAUGUCACAAUUCCCUGCAUCUCUAAAUCUCCAAUUAAAAAGAGAUAUCAAGAUCUGUACACAAAUGCUAAAUUCAGGGAAGUUCAACACCAACUUUUCGGCAUUAUCGACUUGGACCCAGUUUUACAUAAGGUGGAUGCUUCAGUCAAGACCUAUCUGGUAGAGGAUGAAGUUCGUGUCGAAUAUUUCACUAAACUAGUUACACAUUCAGUGGAUUUUAGUGAGGAAGAUGCAGUUGCCAAGUAUUCUUGUGGUUUAUUUGAAAUGAGGGGGAUAGUGUGCCAGCACAUCUUCGCCGUCCUAAAAUGUAAUGGGAUUAAGACAAUACCAAAUAGGAACAUUCUGGAUAGAUGUAGGAAAGACAUCAAGAGAAGAUACACGUUAAUCCUCAGCACCUAUGACGCAGGGGGAUCAACGGGAAAAUGCUAA